UAUUUAGUUUGUAACCGUUCUCUGUCGCUGGAGCAGUGUUCUACGAAGUACGCUCGACUCCGCGCGGUUUAUCAAUAGUGUUUUGAUAACAAAAGUCCAAUAGAUGAGUGAUAAGGUGGUUAAACUUUCUCAAGCUAAUCGGUGCUCGGCGCCACCCGGCUGUGGCAUGGGAGGGCGAAGAAUGAUUAAGGCGGCAAUCGUGCUGAUAGCACUUGGGUAUUGCAGUCUCUUAGUAUAUCAGGGAGGAGUGAGUUUCAACUUCCAAGAAAGACCAGUGCAAGUUGCGGACAUAUCUAUUGAGCCUGUAACUAAAACAAGUAUUCUUGACAGUGGACAAAGUAAAAACAUUACAUUAGAUGACAUUUUUAUUAGUGUUAAAACAACAAAAAAUUACGAGGAUACUAGACUGCCGAUUAUCUUAAAGACAUGGUUCCAAUUGGCAAAAGAACAAACUUGGUUCUUCACGGACACAAACAAUCCCUUACACCAAAAUCAAACAAAUGGACACAUGGUGGACACAAAGUGCCCAGCGUCCCAUCAGAGCAGCCACCUCUGCUGCAAGAUGUCGGUCGAAUACGACUACUUUUUGGAAAGUGGGAAAAAAUGGUUCUGUCACUUCGACGACGACAACUACGUGAACGUGCCACGUCUAGUCUCGAUCCUACAACAGUACAACCACCAGAACGACUGGUACCUCGGCCGGACCUCAGUCAGCAAACCAGUCAAGAUUUUCAAAAAACCUACUAAUAAGUUAUGGUUCUCAUUUUGGUUCGCAACCGGAGGCGCCGGGUUUUGCAUUAGCAGAAGUUUGGCACUGAAAAUGCUACCUAUUGCAAGUGGCGGCAGAUUCGUGUCCGUUUGCGAGGGCACUCGGUUACCGGAUGAUAUGUCAAUAGGCUUUAUAAUUGAAUACUUGAUGAAGAAGACAUUGACCCGCGUCCCUGAGUUCCACUCCCACUACGAACAGAUGAAGCUCCUCCCUUCAGAGACCUUCAAGGAACAGAUCUCAUUCAGCUACUUCAAUACCAAGGGCGAGUGGAAUGUGGUCAACGUCCCUGGCUUCGAUACCCGAUACGAUCCUACAAGGUUCCUCUCGCUGCAUUGUUUCCUGUUCCCCCAAUUUAAGUUCUGUCCGAGAUAGCGAAACCCAGGUAUAAUUUGUAGGAAAGUUACGGAAACUAAACGCAUUUCACGAAAACAGAUCGAGUUCCUAAUCGCUCUUGUUGAAAGUUUUGUGAAUAAAACGAGAUUUUACCAUACUAUAGAAAUUAUAUAUGGUUUUGUGAACAAAUCGUAAGGUUGUGUUAGUAACGUCUACAAUAUAUUACAAAUCGGUAUUUAUCGGUGUGUUGAAAUCUGCUGCAGUAAAUUCAACAAACCAUUCGACUUACGUCAAUAUAGUAACGUUGGAACAAAUCGAUUAUUUGCCAUUGUUGGAUCAAACAUUUGUGCAUAUGAGUUUUCAAUGAAAACUAUGUAAAUAAUUCCACUGUCGGUUGACCACAUAAGCACGCUCUCAACUCUGAAUGCGCUGUUAUUCAACCGCGAUGCACUAAAUUCUGCAACUGUUUGUGGCAACAGAGGUGCAUAAUACUGAAACUGAAUUAUUUAAGCCGUAAUUUUUAUCUACACUGUCUAGGAUUGUAUAUCUAUGUCAGAAAAUUUGCAUAGACAAAUUGGGUCAUACAACGUGAAUUAGGCAUGUAUGUUUUACUAAACAUACAUCAUGUUGAGUUUGUGUGGUGGGUCAAACCCCAUUCUCCUCAUGCAUCGACAAGGGCGAGGAGACAAUUGCCUCGGCAUAGGGGACAUUAAAACGACUAAAGACGAUGAUGAAUUCAUGGAAAAUGUUCGUUUUUUUGGCUCAUUUACAUUCAUCAAUUUUUGUUUUAUUUGAGAACUACGAACUUGCCUUGAAUUUUAUUAUUUUUUUCAUGUUUCACACUAUCUAUAUUUUUUAUACGUAAUACUUAUUUUAAUUGAGCUACGCUGGACGUAGUACUCUCGAAUAAAAGAUGUAACUAUCGUGAUAUUUAAACGUUCUUCGUUAUAAAUUAAAUCUUAAAUCUAAAUAGAUUUAUUAAUCAGCUCUCAUAAACUGUAGCUCAAUUUUCCUGAUGUAAAAAUUGAAUACAAAAAGCUGAUAAACUUUCCGACAAUUUCCCAGAGCUAGAAAAUAGACCUUAAUGUUAUGCCUUAAUUUAUCGAAAACUUUAAUAAUCUGGCAAUAAAAUUAGUGAUAAAGUUGAAAUGAUAAUUAAAAUUGUGCAAUAAAACUGUAUAUAUCUCGGUCUGUGAUGUGAACCACAUCAAGUUGAUAUAUCGUAUCGGCGGCUGCAAUCGAAAAUCCAUUUACAAAAUCCAAUAUUGAGUGACUGUUUCAAAAGAUGUGAUAUUAAUGAGGAUAUUAAUGUACAGUCGGUAGCGCAUCAAGCUAAUAAAACUCAUUGUAAAUAUGCAGCCCGAUCGCGUUUCAUGUAGGGUGUGAUGUGCAGUUGACUGCAUAUACGAUGACGAAGAGAUAAUGCUAAUGUUGUAUAAUUCAUGUGUAGACAGAAAGCAAUUAUUAGAAAAAAUAUGGAAAUAAAAUCGUUUUUUUCUGGAAAGUUUCAGAAAAUGAUACAUGUCUAUCCGUUAAAUAAAACGCACAAAUAUUACGAAGUUGUUAAGAGUACAUUAGUAAAAAAAUAUUAUUUAUGUUUGGUCAGACUUUUUCACGGACACUAAAUGAGACACAAAAGAAGUUUAACAAUUAUAAUGUCUGGUUGACCGUUUAGUGUCCAGCAAAAGGGUUGAUAGUUAUAUUCUUAUAAUGUAGCUUUCUGUCAGCACAUUCUAUGAUUUUUUUAAAAUAGUUGUAUGUUACAUCAUAUUUAUCCAUUAGUUUAGUUUGUAUUCAAGUAAAAUCUGUGAUAUAAGUUUUAAAUUUAGAAUGUAUAAUUAUGCUAUUGAGAAGUUGUAUUAAAGUCAAAAUCAAAUGUUAUGAUUGUGACAUUGUUUUGUAAAUUAGUCUGUUUAUAAAAUAAACAAUAUUUCAUUUUUACAA